UAAAAAAUGCUGGGUUAUUUUUUAAACCCAUAUGCUGGGUUGAGCAUUUUGAUUAUGUUGCUGGGUUAUUUUCUCUGUAAUCUGCUGACAAUGACCCAGCAUUUGGGUUUGUUUUGGAAACGUUUGACCCAGCGCUCACCUCUACGCGCGCUUUUGUCCUCACACACUGUUCAAAUCAACGUCAACAGGAGGAGAGGUUCAAGCAGGAGCGAGCUUAAAGCAAUGGACAGUUUUGUUCAACAAAAACUCAUCAACUGGAAUCUUGAGUGCCUCAUUGAAAAAUUUGCUGAUGAGCAGAUAGAUGAUGAAAGUUUCCUGUUGCUGGACGAGAACACGAUUGCAACUCUCAUCCCCAAAAUUGGCGUGCGGUUAAAAUUUUUAAAACAUUUCAAAGAACUGAAAUUUAAUAGUAUCCCACCACACUCUAGCGUUGCUCCUGAAAAUACACAGCCAAGCACUGCACUUGAAAAUACAGAGUCAACAUCUGGACGCACUUCUUCUGAAAAUACAGAGCCAACAUUUGGACGCACUUCUUCUGAAAAUACAGAGCCAACAAUCGUUCUUCAGCUUGUUCCAGAUGAUAUGCAUGAUAUCCGUGCAAUACUGAUGAAAGCACCACAUGGACCCUCUAUUGUGGAGAGCCUAGAGAGUAAUAAAAUUACCACCCAGCAAAGGCGUGCAAUGGUGCGAAUUAUUGUUGCUCAUCUUAUUGAGAGAUAUGGCGAAACACCAUCGACAGAGACCAAAAAAGCAAUGGCCAUCUCUUUAGUAGAGACAUUUUCCUGUCUGCGUGACCCUGAAGGCAAUGGCUAUGAGGCAUGGUUCAGCCCCGGGCGAAGGCACAGACCUUCCACGGGAUUUCUUGAGGAGCGCCUUCGCAAUAUUAGGAAGAGAAUGCGCAGAUUAAGAACACCAUCUUCUGUGGCUUUUAUCUGUGAGAAGAGGUCGACUGUUAUUCCAGCUUCAACUUUGUCUCCUGAGAGGGCAUCUCAACUAAAAGAAUGGCUAAAAAAUAAUACCAGACCACAGGACCAAGUGGAGCAGUAUAUGAGAGAAACUGCUCCUUUUAGGGCUCAUUGGAUUCGUGAGAAUGGCUCCAAGCCAAUAUCCGAAAUUUUAUCAGAGUUCCCUCGUCUCAUGGACACCCCAGGCAUG